CCCGGAAGGAGGCGCCCCCGCCGCCGCCCACCUUCUAACAUCGCGGCGCCCCAUUGGCCGCGCCGGCUGCCGGGCGCCCCGGUGGGUAGGCGGUGGCGGCGCCAUGGCGGAUCGGUUAACGCAGCUGCAGGACGCGGUGAACUCGCUCGCAGACCAAUUCUGUAAUGCCAUCGGCGUGCUGCAGCAGUGUGGCCCCCCUGCCUCUUUCAGCAACAUUCAGACGGCAAUAAACAAAGAUCAGCCUGCUAAUCCAACAGAAGAAUACGCCCAACUGUUUGCAGCACUGAUUGCACGAACUGCAAAGGAUAUUGAUGUUCUAAUAGAUUCCUUGCCUAGCGAGGAAUCGACAGCCGCUUUGCAGGCUGCUAGUCUCUGUCGAUUAGAAGAAGAAAAUCAUGAAGCAGCUGCCCGUCUGGAAGAGGUAGUUUAUCGUGGGGAUAUGCUACUGGAAAAGAUACAGAGUGCUCUCGCAGAUAUUGCUCAGUCCCAGCUGAAAACAAGAAGCGGUACGCAUAGCCAGCCCGUUCCAGACUCAUAGCACCAGGGGGCAGCGCUCUGCUGCAAAACUGAACUGCAGAAAGUCCUGUUGAAAACAGCUGCGCAUCUCCUAGGGACUGUAGCACUGUGUCCUACUCUUGUGGGACUCUGAAGUGCUUUGAUCACUGGUAACAAUGUCUUUUAUCAAAGCUCAAACUCCAGGUUUGGUAUGAGAAUUACUUAUAUUGUAGAAUUGGUGUUUCUGUUCUAGAAUUACACAUCUUAAUGUAUUACUUACAUUUCUUUCUUGUUCAUAAAUAUGUCUGACUUUAAUCUGGUUUGUCAUCUCAUAAUACAGGUGUUAGUCCCUAAAGGGAAUUCCUAAGGCAAGUAUUUUUAAGAGUAUUGUGUAAUUCACCCACCUCUACUUUCAGACUUUGUUCGUGAGCUUUUUUUGUGGGAAAGGUAAGGCUUAGGCACGGAAACACUGUUUAAAUUGCCUGAGUUAAUGGAGAAAAUGCUAGACAAUCUGAGGUGAGCACAGUGCUGGCCAUCUAUUUUAAUUAAUAGAAAUGAUAAUUAAACAGUUUGUAUUUCUGCUUGGCCAUCUUACUCCUUACAAAGUAAAGAGAUAAGUAAACUCCAGAGCUUGCAGAGUAAGUGUUCCUGCUAGUGGCAUCUCACUGAAAAAGUUAAAUGUGCAGAUAUCUGAUCCUGAUACUGUUUAUUGUUUGUGAUUCACAAGUGGUUCUUUGACUCCAUUAUUGCUACUGACACACUUACUGUCACUUGCUCAUGCUAUUUCUCUGCUUCUCUAAAGCACACGCUAUUGAGGAAGCAUUGGAGGGGUCUGAGAAGACCCAAAAAGUAUCUGGGAGAGCAACUAGCAAUGAGAAAACUAAAAAGAAUUUCUUAUAUAAUAUCACUUUCUAGUAUAAACAGUUGCUUACAGGAAUGCUGUGGUCAUAAGCAACAAGAGGUAUACUCUCCAAUGUGAGAGGUUUUUUGUUUUUCUUCACACACUGAAUAAAUUUGUGCCCCUCAUACUAGGACUUUAAAAGUACCAGCCUCUUCUGUAUGAAAAAUAAACCAGUUAUUUUGGGCUUUGAUGCAUGAUCUUGGAGUUGAACAUUUUGCUGCUGACCAUCAUCUAUAUUUUUGAGUUAGCUGUCUUGCAUUGUUGUAGGAUGGUGUUUAUUUCCAUAUAAUGUAUCUGCUCAUUUCAUGAUCAAAACUACCUAUUUCUAUAUAUUGGACAUACUGUCAUUACUAUAAAAGUUGCAUGUGUCUUGCUAUUGCAUACAGACAGACAGGUAAGAGCAACUCAAAUAUGUCUUUAGCAAUCUGAUCCUUAGGGAUUUGGAUCUGGCUACUUACUACACUAAGCCAAUAAAAGGAAGAGUAUAACAUGGCACAGGAUAUAUCUUGUAGACAGUGUGUUUUGAGGAUUAAAAAAUACAAAGCUGUUCCUACAUGUAACAAAUGGUAACAUCAAAGUAUUUAAUCAAAUAAUAUUUGAUUAAAUAUUUAAUGGUAUUUAAUAAAAAUUACAUCUCUUUAGUCAUAAA